CUACCAAUGUAUAGCAACAAAUUGGCGCUUUUGAGAGUACCUUUGCUGGUGGUAACGCCAUGUGAUUCAGCUAAUAACAAAAGGAUUUCAUCAUUUGUGAAGCCACGCUGAAAAUACUCAGCAAUUUGUACAUUCAUGACUGGCUGUAAUACUGGUAGCUUAGCAUUUGUAGCUGAGGCUUCCGGGUAACAAGGAAAUGACGCAAUUCAUGUAGAUUACUAAUUGGCAGUGCUAACUCGAAAUUUCGAGUUUCUUUUCUCAAAAUUCCGAGUUAAAAAGUCAAAAUGUUGAGCUACUUUUUUAAAAAUUUUGAGUUAAUAAGUUGACAUUUCCACAAAUAUGACUCGGAAUUUCUAGUUAUGGAUACUUUUUUAGUGGCGGAAACGGGCUUCCAUAAAAAAUAUGGAAACCUUGCAUGUUUUUAAAGUCAUCACGCUCCAAAGCCCUAUUCGUGGUUGGAUAAAAUCAAAAGGAAAAUUUUACAGUUUACUACGAAACCCACAGUCCUUUGCGCGCUACGCGUUCCUCUUGGUAGUUGUAGUCAGCAAAUCCGUCUCGUUUCCGUGUGUCUUGCUUUAGGUGGAAUCUGCUCUGCAAAGACAAACACGUGAAAUUAUUGAUCAGGGUUGUGUGAAUUUAUGGAAACAUGUCAAAGAAACGGGGCAGGAAGCGCAGCAGUGGAGAGCUGAGUGAGAGCUCGGCGUCGACCCUGAGUCCGGACCCUGACAACCUACUGGGCCGCAGGAUUCAGCACACCUGGAGGGAGAAGGGCAACGUAACCAAAUGGAAGGGCACAGUUUUGGAGCGCCUGUCUGUAAACACCUCCCUCUACAUGGUCAAAUAUGACGGCUUCGAUUGCGUCUACGGAAUCGAGCUCUUCAAAGACAGCCGGGUAUCCAACCUGCAGGUCCUGGCAGAGAAAGUUGUGAACAAUAAGAUCAAGGUGCCUCCUGGGGCGGAGGAGCUGGUGGGUCGAGCAGUGGAGCAUCUGUUCGAGAAGGAGGACGGGGAGAAAAAUGAGUGGCGAGGCAUGGUGUUGUCCCGGGCCCCAAUCAUGACCCACUGGUAUUACAUCACCUAUGAGAAGGACCCGGUGCUCUACAUGUACCAGCUGUGGGACGACUAUAAGGACGGGGACCUGCACGUCCUGCCGGAGUCAGAGAACAAACACCUGCUGCCAGCGGACAGGAAGCCAGGUGAGGAGCCAGAGAGCCUCGUCGGGAAGCAGGUAGAGUACGUCACAGAUAACGGUCUGAAGAGGACGGGUUUGGUCAUCUACCAGGUCCCGGCGAAGCCCACCGUCUACUACAUAAAGUAUGACGACGAUGUUCACAUCCACGUCUACGACCUGGUGAAGACCACCUAGUACUGACUGUCUGGUUUCAUCUUCAGCUGUUGGCUCAAGUUUUACCCCAACAAGUCGUUACCUGUUAAAGUGUUAAAGGUUUCAGCUUUCCUCCAGUGGGAGGCAACAUGCCGAAAAGGCCAUUUUUAUUUUCUCAUCUUGUCCCAUAUGGGCCUGCGUCAUUCUAUGAUAACAACACAUCUUGGUUUUGAUUCUGAAUUUUAAGUUGAACUUAAAAUAUGGCACUUAAAGUCCUCUUCAGUGUAAAUAAAGCAGAUCUGAGAUCAGCUGUGUAGCCCAGCAGGUGAAAUGGAGUAAAUCGCAGGCGUUGCUGUUUGGUGCGACUCCCAAACUCAACAAAAGUUCAUACAACACAUCAAACUAAUGUUUUUCUUUUAUCUUUUCUAUGCUUGUGUUAUUUAUUUGAAUCUGGAAUAUCUGGCUCUGCUGCUGGUAAGGAAACAAACAAAAAAACAACAAAGAAAACUGUGUCUGCUGUGCUUCAUGUGUGUCACUUGGUAGGCCUCAGUUUGUUGAAUAUAGAAAACCAUGUGUGCUGAUUUCCCAUCGCAGUGAACUCAGAUUUCUGUUGACUUGUAUAAGCAUUAAUGAGACUGGUGUCUCGCGUGAAUAUAAAAACAGAAUAAGUGAAAAAUCCAUGUAUGAUAUUUCUGUUCCGUUUGAUCAUUCAAACUGUCAGUUUUUCUACAUUAAAAUAUAUCAGAAACACUGAUGUUGAUGUCAAGUUGUUUGAGACGGUGUUUGUGCUACGCACUAUUUAUGUAGUUCAAAUUGGCGACCAACAAUAUUUAGUAUUUUGGACUGAAAGUCUUCAUUAGUUGCCAAAAUGAAUGAAAUACUGUUCAUUGUGACCCUAAAUAUGUUUUGUUCUGUAAAUAAAAUACAUUUUUAUGAACGUACAACAAA